GAGAGAGAGAGAGAGAGAGAGAGAGAGGAAAGAGGGCUUCCAAGAUGGCGGCGGCUGUUGCUGGCUUCUCGGCGGGGUUGGCUGCCGCCGCUUCUGCGUCCCUUCCGAGCCCGGAGACGAGCCCGGCCAGCGCCCCAGAGGAAGAGCUGCCUCCCUUGGAGCCGGCGGAGUUGGGGAGCCGCCUGGAGAAGAGCGCCCGGCAGUUCCGCAACCGGCGCAAGGUCCUAAUUCGGGGGCUCCCCGCCGACGUCGCUAACCAGGAGGUUCAUGAUCUGCUGAGUGACUAUGAGCUUAAGUACUGUUUUGUGGACAAAUACAAGGGGACUGCUUUUGUCACCUUUCUGAAUGGUGAACAAGCAGAGUCAGCUAUUAAGAAAUUCCACCUGAGCAAGCUGCGAGAUAAGGAAAUCACAGUGCAGCUGCAACCCACGGAUGCUCUCCUGUGUAUUGCCAAUCUCCCCCAGCUUUACACACAGCAGCAAUUUGAAGACCUGGUUCGACCCUUUGGGAACCUGGAGCGCUGCUUCUUGGUGUACAAUGAGAAAACAGGACACUCCAAAGGUUAUGGCUUUGUGGAAUACAUGAAGAAGGAUUCAGCAGCCAGGGCAAAAUCUGACCUGCUGGGGAAACAGCUGGGAACACGAACUCUCUACGUUCACUGGACAGAUGUCAACCAACUGACCCUAGACCUUGUUCACUCAAAGUGCUUAUGUGUAGAUAAACUUCCCCACAAUUACAGUGAUGUAGAAGAACUGAGGCAAACCUUUUCUACUAUCUGUCCUCCAACAUUCUGCCAGUUGGCAUGUGGUCAGGAUGGGCAGCUGAAAGGUUUUGCAGUCUUGGAAUAUGAGUCAUCUGAAAUAGCGGAGAUGGUCCAACAAGCUACCAAUGGCUUGCCACUUGCAGGAAAUCACAUCAGAGUCUCUUUCUGUGCCCCGGGCCCUCCUGGGCGAAGCAUGUUAGCUGCUUUGAUUGCCGCCCAAGCAACAGCACUUAACCGUGGGAAGGGACUUCUACCUGAGCCAAAUUUUCUUCAGAUUUUGAACAGUUUGGGUAACCCUACAUCAAUCCAGCUUUUACUCAACCCCCUUCUUCAUGGAGCCAUUGGAGGAAAACAAGGAAUCCUGGGGCCCCCACCAUCAGUGCCUCUCCUGACAAAUCCAGCUCUAUCCACUGCUUUACUUCAGCUAGCUCUCCAGAAUCAAACACAAGCGCAACAGAAGGCAUUUCUUGGCAACUUGCUCUUAGUGCAAAACCAGGUCUGGACACAGCUCCUGCAGAACAAAGAAAACCAGGCCAUAUUCCAUAAACCAGGAAUUUUGGGAGAAUCUCCAUUGGGUUCCUUACAACAUGGAGCUUUGGGGAUGCCAAACACAUCCACUUCUCAGACAGGAAAUCAGUUAAUGGGCGAGAUAUCUUCUGGAGGCACUCUACCUGCUGAUAUGGCCACAGGACCUGUUAAAUCUCCCAUCUUGCCCUCAGGAAACUUGCCCUUGCCACCCUAUCUGGGAUCAUUGGGAAUGGAGAGGGAUAAUUCUGUGGUAGGAACACAGACCCCACCUGGCCUGCAAGGCCUCACCACCUCUAUUCUGGGAUCUGUAAUCAGUGGGCUUCAGAAACAAAAGCAGACAGAAAAUGGGCCUCCCUCAUCUGGGGUUUCUCUACUAGGAGAACCACCAAAGGACUUCAAAAUUCCACUGAAUCCCUACUUAAAUUUGCAUACUCUUCUUCCUACAGGCAAACUUGGAGGUGGGGCCAAUAAAGCAUUCAGCGUACUUGGCAAUGUUUCCAAUCCCAGAAUUCCUCAGGCCUCCAUAUCUGACCCUGCGUUAUCCUCACCCGGGCUGACUGGAGACAACUGUGUAUUUGAGUACCAGGCGGACUUGGGAUCACGCAUGUAUCCCCAGGCCCGAGAUACGGGACCUCAAUUAGGUGGAUUUGCACACAGCAAGCAGAAGGUACCGUCACUUGGGUUUGACCGAAACAACUUGGCGGCACCCCUGCCUCCAUUUUACUCAGGAUCCCCAACCUCCUAUUUCACAAGUGGUCUUCAGGCUGGACUCAGACAGAGCCACCUGAACAAGGCAGUUGGGAUGCCACCUGUAGGUUCAGGAGAAAGCAUCCUGGGGCUAGGGCCAGCCAGUCACUCCCAGGGGACCUUCUCAAAGACACCAGUUGGUGGCCAGAAGCGGGCCUUUUCUCACCUGCUCCCAUCCCCAGAACCCAGCCCAGAAGGCAGCUAUGUUGGCCAGCAUUCUCAGGGCCUGGGGGGACACUACGCAGACUCCUACCUGAAGCGAAAGAGAAUAUUUUAAUCCAUCCCCGAGGGAAGUCCUUUUCCAGCUCUACUCCACAGCUUUUCCAAAUGUGUACAAUUUUUGUAAAAAUGUUUUUAAUGUUAUGUUUUAGGGUGACCUUUUAAAAAAAUAAGUUUCUUAUGUAAAGGACUUGGCUUGGGGUCAGCUACAAGCACAACCUGGAACACUGAAGAUGGCUCUUUGGAGCUUUUCUGGAGCAAAUGCCCCUCCUUCCUGGUGGAGGCUAUUUGGGCGGUCAUGAGAAGCAUUGCCAAACUGCAGAUCUUCCCCUGCUGUCUCUCAGUCAGCUGGACCAAAAUGAAACCGAAUACAUUUUCUCCACAUGAGCUCUUUCCUAUUGUCUUUUCUGAUUGCAGCAUAUCUUUUCUGUGAGGACACAAGCUCCCUGCCUUAAAACUGCUUCUAGCAAAUGAAUGUAUCUGAAUUACACACGUGCCUCUGGAUGUGCUGCAGUGUGGCAGAGUGUGUUGCUAAGAGGAAGGAAGGGACAUCAGAAGAUCCAUGCAUCACAUGGACAAACAGGUCUAGUUCAAUGCAGCAUCUCAGUGUUAUCAAACUCCAGGACCCCCCCAGACCUAGUUUAAAGUCUCUGCCUCUUGCAGUCUAGUUUUUUUUUCUUUUUGUUUUGUUUUUUAAAAACGUUAAGUCCGUUCGACGUAUUUUGGUAAUUACAACAUGUAAACUACCUGUUUAUUUUUCCUUGCUUUUUGUUACUUCCCUUUUAACUAGUUUAGGUGUAUGAGAUCAUCUUGGUAUGCAUCCAUGUGAUCUUGGAUAACGUGUGUGGGUUUAUUUUAAUCUCUUGCUUUCCUAUGUGUGAUGUGCAUAUUUUGGUCUAGGCCAAUUCCUCCUUUGGGUGCAAAUGAUUUUAUUUUCUUGAGUGUGUUUCUAUUUUUGACAGUUGUCUUAAUGCUGAUCCUGUAGUCUGAUAGCUUUCAGGCCAAACUUCUAUGGCUGGGACAAUCUUUGGGUAUUGGUUUCUGGAGUGACUUAAGAGUCUUGUGCAGCAAUUCUGCGUCUUAAUAGCAACAGAAGUCCUGAUUUGACUUUCUGACAGCACCCAGCUUUGAAGCUAUGCCGGUGCUUGAGCAAAGCUAAGAACUUAAUGCUAGUUCCAUUGAACUGGCUUUUUCAACCUCCAAUCUUAACUUAUGAAUGUUUCUGUUUCUUAUGCUGGCUGCUGAGGAAUAUGGAAAGCACAACUUUAUCCCACCUAUACAGCUCUUGACCUGGAUACAGGUUUAGCUACCUCGGUGGGCCAGGUUUAGUAAGUUACUUGAGACAGAAUUAGGGUCUGUGGCCUUCUCGUGGGGAAUUUCUACUUCUGCUUAUGAUACCUUAUCUGUUUUAUAAACAUGCUAUGGUGUUUCUAUUGUAGAUACUGGCUGGUUUGCUGUAUUUGCCACGGGGUUUGAAAUCUCUCGGCAACUGGAUACCAAUUUUCCAAAGUAAAGCUAUAUUUAUAUCAAA